AUGCUUAUCGGCUUGUGUGGAGGCAUCUGUGCCGGCAAGCAUGCAAUUGCCGAGUACCUUAUUGAACAUCAAGGCUUUCGCCUUUUAGAACUCGCCAGUCAGCCAUCGCAUCCUACUAUCACCGAUGAACCUGAUGAUAAUUUACGACUCCAAGCCUCCCAAGCUGGCAAAUCCGGUGCCACGCCGCCCCAACACAUUUUCCAAACACCCGAAUCCCUUCUCGAUUUCGUGACCAAACACUGGCAAGAACGCUGGGUCACAACAGAUAUUGCGGAUGGCGCAACCCUCGAUCGCUUCAUUCUGCGCCCAUUCUUCCUGCUCGUGAGUGUGGACGCGCCUGUCAGCCUCCGCUGGAAGCGAUUCUCGGACCGAUGCUGGCGAAGGCAACUAGACCCACCAGAUCUUGAGAAGUUCGUUCUAUGGAAUGAUCGUCACCUUUACGAGAAGGAUAUCGGGCGCGUCUACCUGACCGAUCGAGCCCAAGUCCGCCUAUUCAACUCCUCCUCAUCACUCGAAGAACUCCACCAGUCUCUCCAAACGCUUGACCUUGGAGAUGAGCAGCGACUCAGACCCAACUGGGAUCAAUACUUCAUGCAGCUUGCAUCUCUUGCGGCUCAGAGAAGUAACUGCAUGAAGCGGCGUGUGGGAUGUGUUCUUGUUCGAGAACGCCGGGUCAUUAGCACUGGGUAUAACGGGACCCCGAGGCAUCUGACAAACUGCAAUGAAGGCGGAUGCCCUCGUUGUAAUCGUGGCGAUGGUGGAGGAGUUGGUCUUUCCACGUGUCUAUGUCUGCAUGCCGAGGAGAACGCGCUUCUGGAAGCGGGCAGAGAGCGCAUUCGAGAGGGCGCGAUUCUUUACUGUGACACGUGUCCGUGCUUAACAUGCACCGUCAAGAUUGCCCAAGUGGGGAUCUCCGAAGUGGUCUACGCCCAAGGUUACAACAUGGAUGAAUUGAGCGCCGACAUACUCAAGUCCGCAGGCCCGUCAAAUGGACUGGUUUACCUUCAAGCAUCAAGCGAAUGA